AUGGAUCACUUCUUCUAUCAGCGCGAAGACGACCCCACUGUCAGUCUCGGAACCAUACCUCAUCUCCCGUCGCAAACCAUGCAGGAGUUCAAAAGCCGGGUCGCUGAGGAAUUCGGCGAGAGAUGGCAAUGCCUGGCCGAGAUGUGGAAGCUGCACGAAGAGCGUCCUGGUACCAAAGAAGAGGCGGAUAGGCUCGGUAACACUCUCGUGCAGACCGCCAUCGACGAAGUUGCCGAACCGGUGGAUUCGGAUGUCCCGCGUCCCUUAGCGGGCGUGGACCGCGACGCUGUCAAGCUCCUGAUCACGCUUCCUGCGGUCGGACACCGCUUCAAGGUGAUUGUUCGCGAGGAGUACAACCGUCUGUGGGAUUAUCUUGCCGGGCACACCACGAAUCUUGUUGUCACUGGGCAAUCGGGUAUCGGAAAAAGCCUUUUCCUUCGAUGGGCCUUGUUGAAAGCCCUAAACCAUCGGCGACCGGUUGUCUUCGCUAAUUCUGCUGGCGGCUUCUAUUAUUUCAAUAACAACGGUGCCACGGUCCGAACGGCAGGGUCGUUACAGGCAGUGCCAGACGGGACAUUGGGUCUUUUUGAACCACCCUCCGAUAUCAAGAAACAUCUCUCUGACGUUGCGAACCUCGCCAUCGUCCUCACCUGCUCUCCCAACUUGGUCCACUACAAGGAGUACCAGAAGCAGAUGCGCGCUAAAAUCUGGCCUAUGGACUGCUUUGACCAAUAUUUCUUCAUACAACGCUCUGAAGCAGCACGACCAGAACACACCCUCGAGCAGGUCACCAAAUGCACCAUUCCUACGCCAUACCUUCGCCUCCGAGUUGCUCAAUUCAUCGCAUCGGCCCAGGAAGCCGAACGCCUCGCCAUGUACAAGGCGAUGUCCCCGCUUGGAACCACUGCUGGACCCGUUUUCGAGACGUUGGCCUUGGCUUGGUGCACUCGCGAGCCACUCCUCUGUACGCUCAACGAAGAUCAGCUUAACUUUACCCUUCCUCCCCUCAACCCGUCCAUGCUUGACGAGGCAUCGCCACUCCAUGACGUACGCAACCGACUCUUCCUUGCACCUGCAGGCUUCCCCACCAUCGACGCCUUCGCGGUCAUACGGGACUCGGCCGACGGUUGGCCCCACGUCAUUUUUUUGCAAGUCACACUUUGCAGAACGCACCAGAUGCGAGGCGGCGGGAUCGGAAAGGCAAUGCGGACGCUUUUCAACGCGUCAGAGCCGCCGACGGGCGUCCGCCUCUCCUUCGUCUUCGUGGUCCCCAAUGACGAUGUUGGCAAGACAAUGGUCGACAUGGGCGUCGGAUAUGCCGUCGUCGCACCGCACAUUCUUACAGACUCGAAGCAGGUCACGGCGGCAGAGGUCGAGUCUAGGCUGCUAUUCGACUACCCAGAAACAGCUGUGACCGUCUCAGAUGAAGAUGGAGAGGCGUCAGCCUGA